AUGGAGCCCCAAAACCUAUCCAAGGUCACUGAGUUUCAGCUCUUAGGAUUCCAGAACCUUCUUGAGUGGCAGUCCCUCCUCUUUGCCGUUUUCCUGUGCUUCUAUCUCCUCACCAUCACAGGCAACAUGGUGAUCAUUGCUGUGGUGAGUGAGGAUCCGCGCCUGCGCGCUCCCAUGUACACGUUCCUCCAACAUCUGUCCUUCCUGGAGAUCUGGUACACGUCCACCACGGUGCCCCUGCUGCUGUCCAACCUGGCCUCCUGGGGCCACAUGCUGUCCUUCCCCGCCUGCAUGGCCCAGCUGUACUUCUUUGUGUUUUUCGGUGCCACCGAGUGUUUCCUCCUUGCUGCGAUGGCUUAUGACCGGUACCUGGCCAUCUGCCAUCCGCUGCACUACUCUCUUCUCAUGAGCCCUGACACCUGCGCUGCUCUGGUAACAGUCUCCUGGGUGACAGGGGUGGGCACGGGCUUCCUGCCUUCCCUCCUGAUUUCUAAGUUGGACUUCUGUGGGCCCAACCGCAUCAACCAUUUCUUCUGCGACCUCCCUCCGUUGAUCCAGCUGUCCUGUUCUAGCGUCUAUGUGACAGAAAUGGCCAUCUUUGUCCUGUCCAUCGCUGUGCUAUGCAUCUGUUUCCUCUUAACCCUAGUGUCCUACAUUUUCAUAGUGUCCUCCAUUCUGAGAAUCCCUUCCAAUUCCAGCAGGAUGAAGACGUUUUCUACGUGUGGUUCUCACCUGGCCGUGGUCACCAUCUACUACGGGACCAUGAUCUCCAUGUAUGUGCGCCCAAAUGCACAUCUGUCACCGGAACUCAACAAGGUCAUUUCUGUCUUCUACACUGUGGUCACUCCACUGCUGAACCCAGUUAUCUACAGCCUGAGGAACAAAGACUUCAAAGAGGCCCUUAGAAAAAUUGUGAGAACGAAGUGUGGUGUCUACAGAGCCAGAGUGAAAGGAAGUGUCAUCACUAAGUAG